AUGCCCUUGAUGAUGGAUACGGGUAUCAAUGUGGACGAUCUCUUUGGCGAGUCCAACUCCCUGGAAUUGGGCUUGCCAGCCGCCUCUCCUACCAAAGGACUCGCACAAUGUCUGGACGAAAUGCGCCUAUUGGGAUGCUGCCACAAGAUAGCCUGGUCCCGGAUGGGUUGCAUUGCGUCGAUCUCUCAAGAUGGACUCAGUGUCAAUAUCCGCCAUCUCCAGUGCAGUACUUUGGAUGGAAAAUGGAACCUAGGCAAAGAAACACCUCUUACGACAUCAAUAGAGGCCUAUCACGGGAACCAACUAGCCCAUUUAUCGUGGAAUGAAACCGGGUCGGAAUUGGCCGUUGUGGACUGCUCUGGUCGCAUAUCCAUCUAUUCUAUCUCUAUUGCUCUGAACAGCCUCUCAAUUCUGCGCCAAGCGUCUUUUGAAUCCGGCGAUGAUAACAGCCAGGUCGUUGGUUUGAUGUGGUUGAACUCCCAACGUUUUAUACACGCAUUCCAUCAAGCGGCCAAGGUGAAUGGGAGAUGGGCUUAUACUCCUUUCCGCAGACGCCCAAUUGGGCCUUUCCACCCAGCCAACAAAGGUGCCUUACUCUGCGUGACCAGAGCCGGCCAGAUCAAACUCAUAUACCAAAACCCUAAUAGCACAUGGGCGGAGCUUCCCGCCGAAUUGAAAAAUACAGGGUACUCGGACAGGUUAUUAACACAUGCCUCGAUGGUCGCCACACAAGCCGGGAUACUCCUUGCCACUUACUCUGCAUGCCAGAAGAUGUGCCUGUACAGAGUUCAUAUUACUUGGAAUCCACCGCAGUGGGAGCCCACUCAGGGAAAACAGCAGCCUCCACCGGUCCCCAGUUUCCGAUUGAUCCACUGCAAGGUGGAUAUGCCAGGCAACAUACUCAAUGUGAACCGCGGCCCAGACCAUUCAGAUCAGUCUGUCCCAUUUAUGAACUCUGUUUACUCAUUGACACGGCUGGAAAUCAUGCCAGCGCAGUCUGACAGCCCCCAAGGAUCCACAGCCAAUCCGUGGAUCCUCGCUGUUUUCUCAAAGCCUCUCCAUGCCAUGCCAGACUACCAAGAGCAACAAGGUCCACCGACUGUGAUGCUCAGGUGGCAUUUGGAAUCUGCACCGCAGACACUUCAUCCCAAGUUUGAUGAGGUGGCAUCAAAGAAGAGCAAUACCCAAACAAAGCCAAAAUUAGAGUUGCGCCGACUGGAUGAUAUUUAUUGUGAUAAAUACGUUGUCUCUGUCGAUCUGAUCGAGCAUGGGACAGUAUUAGCCGUCACACACGACGACAGUUCCAUCGCAUGUUAUGAUACAAGGACAAUGGCGAUGUUUAAUGGGAUGGAUGACUCGAACACUGUCACUUGUCUGGCCCAGGCGGGAUUCCAGUAUCCAAUAGAACCAUCUGGUCUCUACCUCGCUUUUUCGCCUAAUUCUUGUGUUGUUGCUACGCUAGAUAGUGAUGGACAGAUGCAACUCAGAGUGAUAGAGCAUUCAUUUGGAUCAAGCGAGGGACUAUAUGACGAGACAAAAUUCUCCGCUGCCGUUGCUGCACUGACAGUGGCAUUCUGCCGAGGCUGUGGAAGCGAAUGUAACACAGACGAUGUUCUUAUGGCUGCUCUUCGGCAGUUGUCACCAGAGGCCCAAACAACAUUUACUAGUGAGGUUUAUCGUGCACUACCGGUCAACUGCAACUUUACUGCCGAUCAAGAGAAGCUCAUGAGCCACCCGUACAUCCCUCGCUGUCUUAGUUUGCAAGCUGCAUUGGGCUACAGAGGAAGGCUUAAGCGCCGAAACCUUGCUUCCUCUGUACCAUGGGCGAUUCUGCAACUACGCCAUUCCUCGGUUCUGUUUGCAUACUUCUUCCAGUAUAAUAAAGGUGUACAGCCGGAAACACACGAUCCAGAUGUUCUACGCUUGGUAUUGGGCAACACAAAAUGGACGCUGGACUUCUCCCACUGGCUCCUAAACGAAGUCUUCGACAUGGCCGACGAAUUUGAAAGUGUCUUCAACGACCAGGAGGCAUUCACCCAAAAGCUGAAAACGACUUCUUCCCUCCCCCUCCUGAUCCUCCUCUCAAGCAUGUCAAGAGCCUUCCUCCGCUUCAUCUGCCGCGGUCUCCGAGGCGUACACGCAGGAUUUGCAAGUGCAAACCCGGCCUCUCUCUUCGGAGACAGCAGAAUCUACUACACAGAAAUCUGCCAAACGCUCGAAACCUCACCGGUGCGGAUAGACGUCUACGAGAAAUUCCUCGCAGGAGUCGACUCAGCCGUGAAACACGCCUAUCAAGGCGCAGGCUUCGGCGAUGCUGAACGUCCAGGUCCAGAGAAAGAACUACUCGUCAACGCACGCAUUCCACCAGUUCUAAUAUCAGCCGUGGCGACGCUGCUGCGGCAGACUGUGCCGACGCUGAAACUGGAGAUUAAUCGCAUGGCGAUCUAUCUGGGUGAUUAUUCCUGGUUGGGCUUUGGGAAUGAUACUCGGACUGCGGUUUAUCGAAAACAGCGGGAUGUUGAUAUUCUUAAGAAGUGUGCGCUGAGGCCGCCACUUUUGUUGGGUGGUGAGGGAAGGGUUGCGCCCCUUAAGAAGAGACGGUGUGCAAGGUGUUGUGAGGUUUCUGGGGAUACGAGUUUGCCUAGGUCUAUGCUUUCCUUUAAGAUGACUGCGAAGUUGGGAGUGCUGAGGUCUUGUCUUUGUGGGGGGAUGUGGAUUCUUGAGGUUGAUUCUGGGGACGGGGGGAGUGGGAAUGGGAAUGGAAGUGGGCAUGGACAUGGGCACAGAAGUUAG